AUGUCUGGAAGAAAAGAAAUUACCCCAUCCAAUGAAAGCUGUCGGAAUUCUUCCUCUAAAAUACCCCGUCUACUGCGACAAAAUUCCAAACUUGAUGCCAAUACAGGUAACGAACCUGUGUACGUCGAUGCUGUGGAUGCCGUCACUGGAGAGCACCGAAAAAUUAUGUAUAACAACGCGAAAGUCAUUGGAAGUGGCUCUUUUGGUAUGGUCUUUGUUGCUCUCUUAGAUGGGGAACGAGAAGUCGCCAUUAAAAAAGUUCUUCAAGACAAACGCUAUAAAAAUCGCGAACUGCAAAUUUUGCGCGAACUUAGGCAUCCCAAUAUCGUCUCAUUGAUUUAUUACUUUUACUCAGUUGCGAGUUCUAAACCCAAGGAUACCUACUUAAAUUUGGUUCAAGAAUAUGUUCCUCAAGCCCUAAGUCGUGUUGUUAAACACUAUUGGCAUGUCAGACAACCUAUUCCCAUGAAUUAUGUCAAGCUGUAUAGUUUUCAAAUGAUUCGCGGACUGGCUUAUGUUCAUAACAAAAAUAUCUGUCAUCGGGAUAUAAAACCACAAAAUCUCCUUGUUAAUCCUGAAACUGGGGUUCUAAAAAUCUGUGACUUUGGAAGCACGAAGGUUCUAGUCCCAGGUGAGCCAAAUGUAUCCUAUAUCUGUUCGCGUUACUAUCGUGCUCCAGAGUUAAUUUUCGGCGCCACACAAUACACUGUGAGGAUCGAUAUGUGGUCAGCGGGGUGUGUGAUUGGUGAACUCUUGUUGGGAAGGCCUCUGUUCCCCGGGGACUCCGGUGUCGAUCAGCUUGUAGAGAUUAUCAAGGUCCUUGGAACUCCUACUUUUGAACAAGUAAAGGAGAUGAAUCCACAAUACAGCAAAUUUGUCUUUCCGAGUAUCAAGUCUUGCCCAUGGGAGAAGCUCAUCACAAACCGCACACAAUGUGAUGACGCUUUCGACCUCUUGCGAGCUCUUCUAGUCUACAGCCCCUCGGAGCGUCAACCGGCUGGAGAAGCUCUUUCUGCAGCCUUCUUCCAACAAGUUUUCUCCCACUCCUCCUCAACUGAUUCGCCAAGUACUUCCUCAUCCAUGUCUGGUCUUCGACCUAUUAAACCCUUCAGUGAUGAAGAAUUGGGCUAUCUGCCGCAGAAUGUGGUCGAAACCAUAAAACGCUCAGGUUUGGUCCAAUCUUCCACAACAGCCAAUAACAAUCACUCCUCUGCCGUUCCUCCUCAACCCAUUCCUUCCACGUCGACAGUAACUAACAAUCGAAGUAGUCGUCGUGGUUCCUCGAACUGA